AUGGGCAAGCUUAUCAGGCUCGAGCUCUUCAAUUUCAAAUCAUACAAGGGACACCAUACCCUUUUGUUCAGCGAUUCAUACUUUACGUCAAUCAUUGGCCCCAAUGGCUCUGGAAAAUCCAACUCUAUGGAUGCGAUUUCUUUCGUGCUAGGCAUCAAGUCAUCACACCUCCGAUCAGCUCAUCUGAAAGAUCUGGUCUACCGUGGCCGAGUCCUGAAAACAUCGAAAAUUAAUGACGAUGGAUCUGCCGAAGCAAACCCUGCUACAAAUGGGCGCGACACGAACAAUGACAAGGCCUCAAGAGGCGACCCAAAGACUGCUUGGGUGAUGGCAGUCUACGAAGACGACGCUGGAGACGAGCAAAAAUGGAAAAGGUCCAUUACGAGCCAAGGUGCAAGUGAAUACCGCAUCAAUGAUCGCGUUGUCAGUGCGCAGCAGUACAACGAUGCGCUGGAAGCGGAGAACAUUUUAAUCAAGGCUCGUAAUUUUUUGGUCUUUCAAGGCGACGUCGAAACGAUUGCUUCUCAGUCCCCUCAAGAUCUCACCAGGCUGAUUGAACAUAUUUCUGGCAGUCUAGAGUACAAAGCGGAGUAUGACCAGUUACAGGCCGAUGCUGACCAGGCUCUUGAGACCCAGAAUUUCCAGUUGCAUCGUCGACGCGGAAUCAACUCGGAAAUCAAACAAUAUCGUGAGCAGAAAAGAGAAGCCGACAGCUUCCAAAAGAAGUCAGAAGAACGAGAUGAUGCAAUCAUCAUGCACUGUCUGUGGAAAUUAUACCAUUUCCAGGACGCCAUGAAUACGUCUAGUGCGACGAUAGCCAGCCACCAAGAAGACUUGAAGGAGCUCCGACGUAAUGUGCAGAGCUUUGAGGAACGUCUUGAGACUUCUCGCAGAGAGCAAGCAUCAACUUCGCGGCAAGUUGGUCGUAUUGAUCGCGAGAUCAAGUCCAAGAGACGUAAUAUUGAAGACCAAGACAACGCUUUAGUUCCCAUUGACGAAAAAAUCAAUGAAUGCUACAGACAGAUCGAUACCUUGGAAGCCCAAUGCCAAAAGGUGGCUAAAGAACGCGACCAGCAGCAUUCAGCAGUGACGAAGGCAGAGAAGGAUAUUGAGAGUGUUAACAAGGCUCAACAAGUCUUUGAAGCGGAUAUCAAAGAACAAACCAAAAAACAGGGCGGUGCAAUCAGCGAGGCAGACCACAAGGAGUAUGAUUCCCUCCGUGCUGAAGUAAUCGCCCGCUCAGGCUCGGACUACUCGAAGCUUGAGAAUUUUGAGCGUCAACGCAAGGCAGACGAAGUCACUCUCAACAACCUAAAGGGCAAGGUUGAUAGCUUGACAGCGGCUGCCGAGAAGAAGGAUACCGAGCUUACAACUAUCUCGGAACGACGGAGUGCUGUUGAUGCUAUUGUGAAAGAGCUCACCACCAACAUUGCCACAAAGAAGAGAGAAUUUAACGAACUCCAGUCAGAACGUGUUAGAACCAAUCAAAAGCGGACAGAGCUGGAAGAAAAGCUUGAGGAUGUCGCCAGAAAACUGCGAGAAGCAGACGAUGGCCGCCGCCAGAACGAUCGAGAAGCCCGCUUAAAAGAAAUGGUGACAUCGUUGAAGCGGAUUUUCCCUGGAGUGCGCGGACGCAUUGGCGAUCUUUGCAGCCCCAAGCAAAAGAAGUACGACGAGGCUAUUAUUGUCGCUCUCGGUCGUGAUUUCGACUCGGUGAUUGUCGACACUGAGAAAACCGGUGUUGAGUGCGUCCAAUAUCUUAAAGAGCAGCGCUUCCAGCCCAUGACAUUUAUUCCCUUGGACAAUAUCAAAGUUAAUGCUGUGAAUACAGCCGUAAAGGGAAUCAACGGAGCCCGCUUGACGAUCGACACAAUCAACUUUGAUUCUGUCGUGGAGCGUGCCCUAGCCUAUGCCUGCGGCAGCUCUGUUGUUUGCGACACUUUAGCCAUUGCUAAACACAUCUGCUAUGAGCGAAAGAUCCCAGUCAAGGCAGUUACACUUGAAGGCUAUGUCAUCCACAAAGCGGGCCUGAUGACUGGUGGACGUGGCCCAGAACCGAAGGGAGGAAAGCGCAAGUUUGAAGAAGUUGAUGUGCAGAACUUGCAGCGCAUGGCGACGAAGCUUCGAGACGAAAUCAGUGCUCUUCCCCGAGCAGACCGUCGAGGUACAAAAGAAGAAACUCUGCAAAUCGACCUUGGCGGUUUGGAAAGACAGCUAAAGCUAGCAAAAGGUGAACUCAUGGUAUUCCAGGAGAACCAGGCUAGCAAAAAGCGCGAAGUUGACAAUGAGAAGAAGCAGCUCAAGGAGAUGCAACCCAAGUUUAAAGAACAGUCAAAGCAGCUGGAUUCCAUUAACUCGACGGUGCUGCAGUUCAAGAAGUCGAUUGCUAAAAUCGAAGACCAAGUGUUUAAGUCAUUCUGUGCGAGACUUGGCUAUGCUGAUAUCCGCGCAUUCGAUGCCUCGCAAGGAAAGCUUCAGCAAGAGAUCUCUGAGAAGCGCAACGAUUUCGAAACCCAUCGCAGCCGACUUGAGAACCGCCUCAAAUGGGAAGUCGCUCGACAAGGAGAUGCAGAGUCUCGAAUUAAAAGAAUGCAAGAUCGGGCUAAAGCUCUAAGGAAAGAUGUAAAAGCUUUCGAAAAGGAUAAAUCGAGCAUUGAAUCGAAUAAACGCAAUGAAAACGAUGAAAUAGAAGCCCUGGAAGAAACUAUGGAGGAAUACAAACAAGAGCUUGCAGGUAAGGUUCAAGCUGUAGCUGAGGCAAAGGCAGAGCUGCAACAGCGGAGCAAAGACAUUGAGGCUCUUCAGAAGGAUAUCAAUGUAUUGGAGACCACAGUUCAGAAGAACAGUGCAGGAAAAUCCGCGUUACUGCGCAGAUGUCGUUUGGAACAGAUCCAAGUACCUCUUACUGGAGGCGCUUUGGACAACCUGCCUAACGAAGAUGACUUACUCCGACAAGAUCAUGACGUUCAGGAAAUGGACGAAAACGACGUUGAUAUGAUGGAUAUUGCUCUUGACGACCACGGUAUUGAAAUCGACUUCAGUGGUCUAAACGAAGACUUAAAACAGUCGGAUGAUUCCAGCAUGGAAGAGACUCUGCUAGACAAGGUAGCGACCUUGACAACGGAGCUUGAGAACCUCAAUCCCAACAUGCGUGCUAUGGAGCGACUAGAGCAUGUUGAGACGCGACUGAAGCAAACAGAGCAAGAGUACGAAGACUCCAAGACGGCCGCUCACAAUGCCAGGGAAUCUUUCAAUAACAUCAAACAAAAACGGUACGAACUCUUCAAUAAGGCGUUUACCCAUAUCCAAGAGCAGAUCUCGCAUGUCUACAAAGACCUCACGCGAUCCGAGGCGUACCCACUUGGCGGACAGGCAUAUCUCGAUAUCGAAGAAGAUACUGAUAUGCCUUAUCUUUCUGGUAUCAAAUAUCAUGCGAUGCCACCGCUGAAGCGAUUUCGGGAUAUGGAGCAUCUCUCAGGUGGAGAAAAGACAAUGGCAGCACUGGCUCUUUUGUUUGCUAUUCACAGCUUCCAACCCAGCCCUUUCUUUGUCUUGGACGAAGUGGAUGCGGCGCUGGACAAUGCAAAUGUCGACAAGAUCAAGAAGUAUAUUCGGGAACACGCAGGCCCUGGCAUGCAGUUCAUUGUUAUCAGUCUUAAAGCCGGCCUUUUCCAGGACAGUGAAAGCCUGGUAGGUGUGUAUCGUGACCAGGAAGUGAAUAGCUCGAGGACGCUCACUCUUGAUUUGAGAAAAUAUGCCUAG